AAUGGCUACCUUUCAAAGUCUCACCCCUACCAACACUUACGUGUUGGGUUUCGAAGAACCAGAUUGUUAUACAACAGGAAGCUCCGGGAUAGACGUGGGAGCAGCUGCCGGAGUUUGGAACUCUGUCAUCGCACCUUGGAAAGCCGCAGGAGCGACUUUGAUUUCUCCUGGGAUGUGUAAACAAGCCGACGAAACUUGGUUGGGACCAUUCCAAAAACUCAUCAACGUCGAUUGGGAUGUCACGGCACUACAUAUCAACAAGUUAGACAUGGCUGGAGUGCAGCUGGACUUGGAUCAUUACUGGCAAGCGUAUGGAAAACCGAUGAUUGUGACCGAAUUCGCUUGCGUGGAUGAUCAAAACGGUUUCAUCCCUUGCUCAGACCAAGGUCAAAUCAAUACGUUCAUCAAUCAAAUCGUCGAUUUGCUUCAAAAUGAUGGUCGUGUGAUUGGGUACAUGAUGUCUGCUGGCGAAGGUUUAGGUAACGUUUGGCCCCCUUGGAAUGCCGAUGGUUCAUUAUCUGAAUCAGGCCAGACUUACCUUAACGCUAUCAGCAAAUACUGAGCGUGGUUGAAUAUAUCGAGACAUCUGAAUUGUGAGACGUUAGAGAGAGAUGAUGACCCUGUGGAUCAAAUCGAAGCUCUGUUGGGAUUAAGAAGGAGAGGAAUGAUAUGGACAUUGAUAUGACUGUUCUCGACUUGAUGUCGGGAUGAAAGUAGAGGUGAGAUAUGCCCAGGUGGCUAGAAAUGUCGGGGAAUAGGUGCUAGUGUUUUCUACAUGCAUGCUUCAUGAUGAGUAUG